AUGAGUCCCCGUCGCUUGCUUCCGGCCAGUUCGUUCCAUUCGCACGGCGUCAUGGGUGACGCAUUGGAGGUCAUAACCGAGCCCUCCGCCAAACGCAGCGGUGCGGCCAAAGUGAACGCCGCUAUGGUCGCCUUGCGACGACUCAUCCCAACUGAUCCAAAAGACAGGAAGCUAUCCAAGCUAGAGACCCUCCGGUUGGCUGCGGGCUACAUCACGCACCUGUCAGCAGUUCGGGUGCGAAGCGGCGAAAAUGCUCAGGAGCCAAACACCGUCUGCACGCCCUUCUGCGUAUUCUGUAUCACCGAGCGGAGAUCGGCACGUUGCACCACAGGGACACAGCAGUAGGACCAUGGCCGUCGCCCAUAUAUCCGCAUAUCCACUGGUGCCAAUAGCACCCACAAGGGCUACAGUUACACCAAUCCAGGGACGAUAAUCAUGGAUGCUCGAGUUCGACUAUGCUUGGUGUCUUGAGCCGACCGUCUAGCCUGCCAAUAAUGGAUGACAAGAUCAACCCAGGCACUCGCCAGGACAUAUACCGUGGAUGGGGAUGUACGAAUGAUCUACAUCUUC